AUGAGUGAUUCAUUGAUUGUGGCUUCUACGCCUGUAGAGGGCGUACGCGUCCUCGCGUUAAACAGACCCUCCAAGCGCAACGCCCUCUCGCAGGAGCUGAUUACCGUGUUCCUGGAACAGCUCAAGACGGCAUCCAGGGACGAUGGCGUGCGAGUCAUUGUCAUCACCGGCAGCUCGACCUUCUUCUGCGCGGGAGCUGAUAUCGGGGAGAUCUCGAAGCUCGAUGCGGAAUCUGCGCGGGGCUGUCGCUACCUGGCGGACCUUUGCACGGGGAUGCGAGCCGUGCGCAAGCCGCUGAUAGCUGCGGUUGAGGGAAUGGCGCUCGGUGGGGGCUUUGAACUUGCUCUCAUGUGUGAUCUGAUCUUCGCAGCGCACGACAGUCGCUUCGGCCUCCCAGAAGUCACGAUUGGUCUCAUCCCCGGCGCAGGCGGCACGCAGCGCCUGACCAACGCGGUGGGAAAGUUCAAGGCGAUGCAAAUGAUCCUCCUCGGACGGCCCAUGUCGGCAGACGAAGCUCGGUCCGCGGGUUUGGUUGCGCAGCUCUACGAGAGUGGCGAGGUCCUGGACAGUGUUGUGCGAGAUACUGCAGCCUCGCUUGCGGGAUUGAGUCCCACGGCUUUAAGUUUGGCUAAGGAGGCAAUUUGUAAAUCUGAUGAUCUGGGGGCGGACCACGAGUUUGAGAGGAGUUUGUAUUACUUUGCUUUCGGAACCGGGGACAAGCAAGAGGGUGUCAAGGCGUUCUUGGAGAAGAGGAAGCCUGGGUGGGGAUCCAAGUAA